AUGUCGUCUCCUACAAUGCUCACAAAGGCAAGUUUCGAAAGCAAGUCAUCCAGGGCUAAAGGACUUGCUUUCCACCCGACACGACCAUGGCUUCUUGUUUCACUUCAUUCCAGCACAAUUCAGUUAUGGGAUUACCGCAUGGGUACACUGAUCGACCGAUUCGAAGAGCAUGAUGGCCCUGUCAGAUCAGUGGCUUUCCAUCCUACGCAAAAUAUAUUCGUUAGUGGAGGAGAUGACUAUAAGAUUCGUUUGUGGUCGUUACAAAGCCGAAAGAGCAUUGCCGUCCUGUCGGAUGUUCGAACUGUUUCUUUCCAUCAUGAGUUACCUUGGAUAUUGUCAUGCUCCGACGAUCAAACAAUUCGAAUCUGGAAUUGGCAAAACCGGAGUCUCAUCGCUACGUUGACCGGUCACAACCACUACGUGUGGUGCGCGCAAUUCCACCCCAAGGAAGACCUCAUCGUAUCCGCCUCCCUCGACCAGUCCGUUCGCGUGUGGGAUAUUUCCGGUUUGCGCAAGAAACACUCUGCGCCGACUUCGAUGAGCUUCGAAGAUCAGAUGGCUAGGGCAAACAGUCAGGCGGACAUGUUCGGUAACACCGAUGCCGUUGUCAAAUUUAUUCUCGAGGGCCACGACCGAGGCGUGAACUUUUGCGCUUUUCACCCAACGCUUCCACUGAUUGUUUCAGCCGGUGAUGAUCGACUAGUUAAGCUUUGGAGAAUGAGCGAUACCAAGGCAUGGGAAGUCGACACAUGCCGUGGCCACUUCCAGAAUGCAUCGGCAUGUAUUUUCCAUCCUCACCAAGAUCUCAUCCUUUCCGUCGGUGAAGACAAGACUAUACGUGUUUGGGACCUUAAUAAGCGUACCUCGGUUCAGUCAUUCAAGCGCGACCACGACAGAUUUUGGAUUAUCGCUGCUCAUCCAAAGAUCAAUCUCUUCGCUGCUGGCCACGAUACCGGUGUGAUGGUAUUCAAGUUGGAAAGAGAACGUCCAGCUCAUACUCUUCACCAGAACCAGCUUUUCUAUGUUACCAAAGAGAAACACGUGAAAUCAUACGACUUUACGAAAAAUACCGAAUCCCAACCUCUACUUUCCCUUCGCAAACUUGGUGCCCCCUGGGUUCCUUUGCGAACAAUUUCUUAUAAUCCUGCCGAGCGUGCCAUCUUAGUGACCUCGCCUGCCGAAAACGGUACAUAUGAGCUUAUCCAUCUUCCACGGGACGGCACAGGUGCUGUUGAACCGACGAACUCGUUGCGCGGACAAGGAAAUUCGGCUGUAUUUGUUGCCAGGAACCGUUUCGCUGUAUUCAGCCAAGCCAACCAAACCGUCGACAUCAAGGAUUUGAGUAACUCGACUACCAAAUCCAUCAAGACACCGACUGGUACAACAGACAUCUAUUUCGGUGGUUCUGGUGCUCUCCUUUUCAUUACGCCAACAUCUGUCAGCCUUUUUGAUAUUCAGCAGAAGAAGCAGUUGGCCGAACUUGCUGUAUCCGGCGUCAAAUAUGUUGUGUGGUCAAACGACGGUCUACACGCCGCACUUCUUAGCAAGCACAACGUUACCAUUGUGACGAAGAACCUGCAACAGUUGAGCUCCAUCCAUGAAACUAUCCGUAUCAAGAGCGCUACCUGGGAUGAUUCGGGUAUCCUUUAUUACUCCAGCUUGAACCACAUCAAAUUCUCUCUGUUGAAUGGUGACAACGGUAUUAUUCGCACCCUGGACCAAACAGUCUACCUUGUGAAGGUGAAGGGACGGAAUGUUUAUUGUCUAGACCGCAAUGCAAAGCCACAGAUCUUUGAAAUUGACCCCACGGAAUUCCGCUUCAAGAGUGCACUUGUGAAGAGGAAUUACGACGAGAUGCUUCACCUUAUCAAGACAUCUAGCUUGGUUGGUCAGAGUAUCAUUGCAUAUCUUCAGAAGAAGGGAUAUCCAGAGAUUGCUCUUCAGUUCGUUCAAGAUCCACAGACCCGCUUUGAGCUGGCUAUUGAAUGUGGAAAUUUGGAUGUUGCUAUCGAGACUGCGAAGGAAAUUGAUCGACCUAAGCUGUGGAGUCGUCUGGCAACCGAAGCUCUUGCUCACGGUAACCACCAGACCGUGGAGAUGACAUAUCAGAAGCAGCGACUAUUUGACAAGCUUUCUUUCUUGUACCUUUCGACAGGAGACCAGGAAAAACUUUCAAGAAUGGCCAAAAUCGCCACUCACAGAAAUGACUUUACUUCUCGCUUCCAGAAUGCAAUUUAUAGAGGCGACGUUGAAGAUAGGAUCGAGAUGUUCAAGGAAGUUGAUCUUUAUCCUCUCGCCUAUGUUACUGCUAAAGCUCAUGGAUUGACUGAAGAAGCAGAGUCAAUUCUUGAGACUUGCGGUCUUACUGAAGAUCAGAUUAAAUUACCUACUAUCGGCGAAUCUCAGCAGACUCCUGUCCCCAUUGUCCCUACAUACAAAGCAAACUGGCCUACUAAGGCUGCUGGGCAUUCCGCUUUCGAGAAGGCGCUUCUUGGUGACGUUGGUGGAGCCGAAGACGAGACAGCAUUGGAUGUUGAGGAAGAGGAGGACAUCGUGGCAGCAGGCCAGGAUAUUCUCGAGGAAGAGGAAGAAGACGUCGCUGGCUGGGACAUGGGUGAUGAGAUUAAUGUUGAAGAAGAGAAUGACUUUGUCAAUGUCGAGAGUGCAGAUGCCGGAGCAUCGAUUUCAGAAGCAGAUCUAUGGGCUCGAAACUCUCCAUUGGCUGCAGAUCAUGUUGCGGCGGGUUCCUUUGACACCGCUAUGCAACUUCUCAAUCGCCAAGUGGGUGCUGUGAACUUCGCCCCUCUAAAAUCAAGAUUCCUAGAGAUCUACACCGCAUCACGAACAUAUCUGCCUGCUUCUACUGGGUUACCUCCAUUGGUGAACUACGUCCGCAGAACAGUAGACGAGACGGACUCUCGCAAGUUUCUCCCCAUCAUUCCUCGAGACCUCGAAACCAUUGCCAACGUGGACCUGCAAGAAGGUUAUGCAGCAAUGCGAUCUAAUAAACUUGAAGAGGGUGUCAAGAUCUUCAAACGUAUCUUACACACUCUGCUCGUUAAUGUUGUUUCGUCCGAAAGUGAGGUGGAGCAAGCAAAGAAGAUCAUUGCAACUGCCAGGGAAUAUAUCCUCGCAAUGUCCAUUGAGCUUGAACGUCGUGCUACACCUACCGAUAAGCCCGAAGACCUCAAGCGAGCUCUUGAACUUUCCGCAUACUUUACCAUUCCCAAACUGGAGGUUACCCAUCGACAACUAGCCUUGAUGGCUGCUAUGAAAUUGGCAUUCCAAAAUAAGAAUUACUCAUCCGCCCUGAGCUUUGCCAACCGAAUGAUUGCCAACGGUGGCUCUGCCAAGUUGCUAGAGCAGGCCAAGAAGAUCAAAGCCCAAUGCGAGCGCAACCCCCACGACAAGAUCGAAGUUGACUUUGACCAAUUCGCAGAUUUCGAGAUUUGCGCAGCAUCAUACACACCAAUCUACAGCGGUUCGCCAAGUGUAUCUGAUCCUUAUACCGGCGCCAAGUAUCACGAACAAUAUAAGGGAUCUGUAGAUCGCAUUGCAGAGGUUACCGAGAUUGGCGCACCUGCAAGUGGUCUCCGACUUUUCGUGUCUGGUCUUUAAAUUUUCCUUGUUUUGCAUUAUUGAUUUGGGUAUUUUUUUUGUGGCGGAAUCAAUGUAAAGACGUUAUGAAGGGCAUGUAAUGCCAGACUUUUCUCUUGCCUUUAUUCUAUUGCACUAUUAUAUAAUUCUUUUCCUUGUUGACCUAAAAGAGGCGCAUUCUUUCUUAUGGCAAAAAGUGUUUCUCAAUACAACCUUGGAAGAUAGGAGACGGGAGAUUCGGAGUGAGUGAGGUUUCCUUUCAUGCGCGCCAAAUAUGAACAUGAAUUCUGAUAUACAGUUUAUCUAAUUCGUAGCAAGCGUAUAUAUGUACAAUCAUGAGAAGAGAUUAUAUUACACUUCCGACCCCGACCCCAAGCAUGGGUAAAGAGUUGAACAGAUCAAUCACACCUCCCAUCCUUCCACCCAGUCCUCCACCUCUCCUCCCAAAAUCUACAAUCAAACUCCUUCUUCCCCAACUUCCGAUUCACAGCAUUAUGAGCCUCACACAUCCACUGCCCAAACUCCGCCCUACUCGACAACCGCGGCUCAUUCUUCCCCGACGGGUCGGCCAUCCAAUUCCGAAAAUCUU